AGACACACGUCUGAAAAGCAGCAAAAAAUACUAUUAUUGAAACACGAAAACACCCGACGAAAAAAGGCGAUAUAGUAUUAAAAUUGAGGGAGAGGAGAGGGAUUCUUCAGCAGGAUUUCAGGGGUGAAGGACUGCUCCCUGUAAGCAUUCAGAAUGCCGGUCAUAAACGUAGAGGACCUGACGGACAAGGACAAGGCUGUAAUGGAAGUAAACCAACUUAAAAUUGAAGUGAAACUUGAGAGGUGGUUGACAUCUAAAUGCUGUGAGGAGAUCAAGGAAUACAUUCAGGCCGGAGAGGAGGAGGACAUCCUCGUCAAAGGCAUUCCAGAGGAGAAGAACCCCUUCAAGGAGAAAGGUGGCUGUGUCAUUUGCUAGACUGGACCUGAGGAGCUUUUCAAAUCUCAGAUUAGCACCCAAGGACAUUCUCUCUCCCUUCUUAAAAUGGAUUUGCAGACCGAGAAGACUAGAAGGACAUAAUAAAGAAUAUAUUUAUAAAACUUCACAAGCUCCAAACAAUUCCCUAUCUUCUGGCCAGAUUUGUAACCUUACAGUUGUAUUCUUGAAAAGAUGCAAUUCAAAAAGAGUUGUAUUUGGUAAAAGUUUAUGUAAUGCUUUUCUCUUGUGUGAUGUAUAUAGUCUGAAAAAAAUGGACCAAUGUGUUGUUUCAUACACAGAAGCAACUGUCAUUAA